GUGAUAGUCAAUUUGUUUCGCCAAUUUCGAGUAUAAUAUUCCACCCUUUCACUUUUGACGAGUAUUCUACACCUGAUAGUGAAGAACUCCAGAAGGGUAAUAUUGAGUUGGAUAGAGGCCGAUAGAAGUAUUUUCCAGAAGUGUAUGUUAGCAAUUGAAAGAUGUAACAACUUCCUCUAGAAAUUUGUGGGUUUAUUGCCUCAGAUAACUUUUGUUACGAUACUGACUUCAUAGAUUCGUUUAAAAAGUCAAACAUUCAGAAGAAAGAGCAAAGAAAGGUGAGGAUUUAUUUAAAAUAACGAAUUUCAAAUAUCAAUUUUGUUUUACAUAAUGUAUUAAAAUUAUUGGUAUACUAGAAUAUAAAAAACUUGUUUAUGAAUAUGGGGCAUCCAGAUGAUCAUCAUGUAACCGGCGUAGAAGAAACGUCCUGGGUUGGCAUGAAAGUAGCAGAUCGUGGCGAAUACAGUAACAAGAACCACCAGACACGACAUAUUUCAUCCAACGAUAUUUCUGCAAGAAAUUCAAACUUUUUGCCCGAACACGAAGAAUCAGAUCGGCAAAUGGGGCCUCGUCAACACAAUGGCUUUCCUUUCAUCCCAGUGCCAUCGGGAAAUGGAAUUUCACUCAAAGGACUUGGGGAAAAUGGACGUGGUGACGCAGUACAUGCUGCUCCCUAUUCCCGAUUAGGAGGUGCUUCCAUGAUACCGAAUUUUCUGACUGGUAACCGUGAAAUUAACCCAACUUAUCGUGGUAGCAGUUUUGAUCCAAAGCAUCAAUAUGCCUUCGUUGCUCCAACCAAAGAAAAUCCUGAUUCUUCGCCAAGAAGCCAUUCUACAGACAUCGAAAACGAAGAAAUAGAUGUCGAAUCCAGUGAUAACCCAUCUUCACCAUCUCCGAGUAACGAGAAUAUCGAUGUAACAACAACGUGCGAAGUUCCUGCUAUGUACCGAAAAUCAAGUGAUUCUAACAUGACAUUCCCCACGCCGAUGGAAAGAGAUGAACGGGAAUGUACAACGAAGAUCAGCGGAGCAAAGCAACUUGAUUUCCGCAAUAGCGAUGUAAUGUCUCCGACUCGAACAGAAAAUGUGCCAUCGCAUUCAAUUUCUCGCAUCAUCGGUUGCCAUUCUCCAAAUCCCUCACAAAGUACGAUGGAAACGGUGGGCGAGGAAAAGAGAUUGAACAGCGUCACAACGCCAACUUCAAUAAAUAUAUCAGGAGAUACAUCGUGCACAUCAUUUGAGUCCAACUAUGGAAGUGACAAUAAACGAGAUAAGUGCAAAGGUAUGCCUCUAUCGCCCACGUCUAUGGAAGUAAAGAAGCGACCGCGAACUGCAUUUACGCCGGAGCAGAUCAAAAGACUCGAAACGGAGUUUCAGCGGAACAAAUACCUGUCUGUUGGAAAACGCAUGGAAUUGUCCAAGGCUUUGAAACUUACUGAAACUCAGAUAAAAAUUUGGUUUCAAAACAGACGAACCAAAUGGAAAAGGGAGUACCUCAGUGAAUGGGAAGUUUGGGCACAUCAAAAUUACUAUGCCAUGCAUGGACUCUACGGCGCUGCAGCAGCAGCCUCAGCUUUGGCAGCGGCGUCCGCUCCAGGAACAUCACCAGGGGUACCCAUUCGAGCACAGCCCUUACACCCCGGCAUGUUACCAUCGCCAAAUAUGACCGGAUCUCCGUAUGCUGAAGCCAUGCAUGGUGUAGUGAAAACUCCAGGGCCGUUCAGUCAUCCAUCUGUAAUGUUUCAAAAUCAGAUGUUACCUCAUCCUGCGCGACCUCCCACUCACAUCCACCACUCCCCGCCAUCGGGUCCUGCUAAACCGAAUCCGAUAAUGCCAAACAGAAUAGGACUGGGGUCUCCGGCGCUGCCAAUUCCAAUAAGUUCACAGCCGAUGAUUCCACAGCUGCCAUUUUAUUUCCUACCUGGACCAAUGUACGCAGCAGCGGCUGCCGCUGUAGCCGCCAAUCAUUCUGGUGUCAACAGAGAAUCAACAGAUGGCUGGAUGCCCAGCGUUACUUCUACAAGUCCCAUUCCUCAUGGAAGUCCAACUUCCGUACAUGUUUCUACAACUUCGCCAUUAGGGCGCAAUACCAAGCUCUCCCCGCCUAGCCUGUAUGCCCGACCCCAUCCUGAUGUACAAUCACAUUACAGAACCAGCGUUAAUGCGGUUUUGUGCGGACAUAAGUCUCCACGAAUCUUGUCCGAUAACCCUUCUCAAUCACCUAUAGGAUACGCUCGAUGGGGUGGCAUGGCUUCCAUCGGGACCACUGGAAAGACAGAUGCAAACAAUAAUCAAGCAACUUUCGGGCACGAAAACGACGCCAUCUCUACGCCUUCCUAGGGGGGCUGGUAAAAUGGAUUCCAUAAAAAACUAAUAUAUCAUUGUAUAUUUUUUUUUUCAUUCGUUUUGUCCUCAUUGUGGGGUGCGACCUCAGCUGUCAUAUUUAUAUCUCAAUCAUAGUUUGCUACUUUCAACUAAGUUUCAUUGUAACCACUAAUAAAUGCUAUACAUCAA